AUGAACUUAGGCAUUCAGAAACAUUCAGAUAUCCAAUCAUCAGAAUCACCAACAUAUCUACCGAUCAGAAAAACGUGUCAGACUUUGAGGACUCACAAAUGGUUUGAAGAAACACCAGAAAAAGAAAAUCAACCUUUUGGAUUGUGCAUAUGGUUUAAAAAAGAAACUACAACAGAAAAUCAACCUUUUGGAUUUUGGGCAUGGUCUAAAAAAGAAACUACGAAAGAAAAUCAACCUUUUGGAUUUUGGAUAUGGGCUAAAAAAGAAACUACAAAAGAAAGAAUUGUCCCUGUUUAUCAUUUCAUCGGCAACAAGGCUAUUGCUUGGGUACCUGAUAUGUGUGAGUCUGGUGGCCAUCCUUGUGUCGUUUAG